AUGCUCGCCCUCCGCUCUCUCGCCCGCGCGGCACCUCGCACAAUCUCCCGCAUUGCCACGACUUCGACCAUCAGACUCGCAUUCAGGGCAACAUCACAGCAACUCCCCAAGAUCGCCGCAUUCUCCACAACCCGCAGCAGAUUCGACGAGUACAGCCAGCAACUCUCCGCAAAGCUGCAGAACGAGAUCGACAUUGAGACCGAAGAGUCCUCCGCAAACUCUACCGGCUCAGACUCGAACGUUGAGGCAUUUCGCGCUGAGAACCCAGCAUGGGAGAUCGAGGACAGCGACGGCAAGCAGGAUGUCUAUCUCUCACGAAAGUACGACGAUGAGACCAUUACCGUGCAUUUCAGCAUUGCAGACUUCAACCAGGAGAUGAUGGACGACCAGGAGGAGAUGGACACUUCCAUGGGUGAUGAGGAGGACAUGGAUGUGCAGAGUGGCGGUGCCAACACGAAGGGCUCCAUCAACCAGGGUGGCACUGCAAACAAGAACUUCAAGGUCGCACCGGAGGACAGCAUUGCGCCAGCUGACCGCGAGGAGCUGAGGGAUGAGGAGGAUGAGUCUGGACCAGCGUUUCCAGUCGAUGUGAACGUGCUCGUUCAGCGCCCAGGCAAGGGCGCUCUCAAGUUCUCCCUGGUCGCAUCCGACGGAGACUUCAUUCACCAGAGCUUGGUCCAGCUGCCAAAGGAUCUCAAGGCGUCCUCCGCUCAGGAACUCCUCAAGGAAGCCGACAAAGAGUUCUACUACGUUCCACCAUUCCAGCAGCUUGAUGAGGAUCUUCAGGGUCUGCUCGAGAGCUACCUCAACGCUCGUGGUGUGACUUCGAGCUUGGCUAUCUUCAUUCCAGACUACGUUGAUGUUAAGGAGCAGAAGGAGUACCUGCGAUGGCUCGGCCGCGUCAAGGACUUCCUUGAGUAA